AUGGUUGCGGAUAUCAAGCGGACGGUGAAACUAGUCACCCAGCAGCGGAACAUUGACAAGCCGUCCGAUAUGGAGGGAUUCCCAAUGAAGCGCUGGAACAUUGAGAUCCUCCUUCUUGAUGAAGCUGGCAACGAGCGCCCGGCAACCUGCUUCACCAAGGCCGUUUACAACCUCCACCCCUCGUUUGCGAACCCUGUUCAAACUUUCCAUGAACCCCCCUUUCGCUGCGAGAAUGAAGGAUGGGGCGAAUUCGAUAUGACCAUUGACCUCUACAGCACCGAGAAGGGCGGCAAGAAUACUGUUAUGCACGAUCUUAACUUCGCCAAUGAACAGUAUGAGUCUAAGCAUGUUGUUACCUUCAAGAACGCCUCUGCUGCUCUUGUCAACAUCCUGCGCGAGAGUGGUCCGGUUCCAGGUGAUGAGAAUGGUGCUCGGAAGAAGGACGAGAAGAAGCGCAAGCGGGCCCCGGGCACUGUUGAUAUGGAGAAGUUGGCAGACGGAUUGGUUAAGCUCGGAGAGGAUGAUCUCCUACAUGUCGUGCAGAUGAUUCAUGACAACAAGAGUGAUGAUACCUAUACGAAGAAUGAUAUCGAGCAGGGCGAGUUUCACGUCGAUCUCUACACCCUUCCAGAGUCGCUGGUCAAGAUGCUGUGGGACUUCGUCUCUUCUGCACGAGGAGCUUGA